GAGGAUCCCGGGACGAACCGCGGCGGAGCAGCCAUCGCUCGGCACCGCCCGGCUCGGCACAGCCCGGCCCGGGCCAGCACGCUGGGCCAGACGGGAUGGCUGCCCACAUCCUGCACCGCCUGCGGCACGCGCUGGCCGGCGAAGGCAGCCGGGAGGAGCGGGCGCGUGGCAGCUCUGAGGUCGAGGACUUCCCAGAGAGCUCAGAGCUAGAGGACGACACGGAGGGGCUGUCGACGCGCCUCAGUGGCACCCUGAGCUUCACCAGCCACGAGGAGGAGGACGAGGACGAGGACGAGGAGGUGGACGGUGCUGGAGAGGAGCUGGGGGAGGCUCCGCAGCUGGCAGGGGCAGCAGCGGGUGCAGAGGACGGAGGCAGGUGCUGGGGACAGUGUGCUGGGGAGUGGAGCCCUGCGGCAGAGCGCCCUGGCAGCAGCUUGCUGACCCGGCAGCUCCAGGAGCUGUGGAAGAAGUCGCGGGGCAGCCUGGCACCACAGCGGCUGCUCUUUGAGGUCACCAGCGCCAGCGUGGUCAACGAGCGCUCCUCCAAGUACGUGCUCUACACCAUCUACCUGAUCCGCUCCGGCCAGUUCGACAAGGCCCCUGCUGUCAUUGCCCGGCGCUACUCGGACUUCGAGCGGCUGAACCGCCGCCUGCGCUGCCGCUUCAGCUGUGACAUGGCUGGCGUAGCCUUCCCCAGGAAGAGGCUGCGCCGGAACUUCACCGCCGAGACCAUUGCCAAGCGGAGCCGAGCCUUUGAGCAGUUCUUGUCCCACCUGCACUCCAUUGCUGAGAUCCGCCGCUCCCCUGAGUUCCUCGAGUUCUUCUUCCUGCAGGACCUGCGGGCCGCGCAGCGCCUGACCUGCACCGGCAUGUACCGGGAGGCCCUGGCCACCUGGGCCAAUGCCUAUCGGCUGCAGGACCGGCUAGGGGUCUGCAGCUCUGGCCGCUUCCUCCUGACACUGGCCGGGCUGGCCGUCUGCCACCAGGAGCUAGAUGAACUUUGCGAGGCCCACAGCUGCUGCGAGCAGGCACUGCAGCUGCUGGAGGCCCAAGGCAGCCACCCACUGCUGGGGCCCUUCCUGCAAGCCCACAUCCACCUGGCCUGGAAGGUGGGCAAGGACAAGCGGCGCUCGGAAGCCCGGCUGCAGGACCUGCAGGAGGCUGGGCCACCCCUGCAGCAGCAGCCCACCCUGAAGGAGUGUUUGAUCAAGGAGCCUCUGGAAUGAGCAUCCUGCCACUGGCACCCACACUGGCAGGAGGGCAGGGGGCUGUGUGGGGCUUGUGCCUGGGGUGGCCAGGAUAAGCAAGGGAGAUGCCACAGGUGGGUAUGCGACAGGGAGGCAGCACAGCCCGCACCCAAGAGCGGCCUCGAAAAUGCACUUUCUCUGUGGUUAGUCUGUCCUGCAGAGCCAGGUGCUCACAGCACUGCUGGGAGCCAGCUCCCCCGCUGCAGGGGGCUUCUAGAGUGGACAGGACUUAGCUGGGACAUACUGGCACUGUGUAAGGGAACGGGAGGCCUUCUGGCAGGGUCUGGGGCUCUUGCCAGGAACUUCCCAUAAAACUUAUGUAAUAAAAAAGGGUUUAUUUAAUAAAAUCUUGGUAGGAAGAAGAGCAAA